ACACACUGAGGAUGCAAACAGGACAUUGGGUCAACUCCAUGAAGAAAAGAAAUCCACUUAAGAGGAUGAGUCUCGACACAGACUCAUUUUGGUGUUUGCCAUCUUUUUAAAACCAUACAGCCGGGCAGAAGUCAUGUCAUUCACCGCCAUCUUCGAUGAAGAUUUCUGGGAGAGUCUGAAUGAAACCGUCCACAAAAAUCAAACACCCUACGUUGUGGAUCCAAAGACGUUACCAUGCGAGACCAAACCUCUGGGUCCUACAGCAGCUACAGCCCUGUGUAUCAUUCUCUUUUGCAUCUUUCUACUUGCAAUACCAGGGAACCUGUUAGUUGGGUGGGUGAUCGGCACCAGCAAGCAGAAGCUGACGCCAUCAGACGUGUAUUUGUUUCACCUGACAGUGGCAGAUGGUUUGUUGGCGCUAACUCUCCCCUUCUGGGCUGUAGCUCUCGUCCAAGGAUGGGUGUUUGGAGACUUUAUAUGCAAGUUCCUAAACCUCAUCACUGAAGCCAACUUCUACACCAGCAUCCUCUUCCUGGCAUGCAUCAGCGUCGAUCGCUAUCUUGUGAUCGUGCACGCUGUGAGAGUUUGCAAAGUCGUCAGAGGGUGUGCAGCUGGCUCCUCUGUGCAGGAGUCUGGGCCCUUGGUUCGGCUGGCUCUUCCUGCACUGUUCUACGAGGCAUCCAAGCUAGACGCCGACUCCUGGAGAAUGGCUUGCUUUGAAAACUUUGACCUUGGCAGCGCCUCUUCUUGGAGGGUCGCCACACGUGGGUUCCGCCAUAUUUUUGGCUUUUUCCUCCCUCUUACUGUCAUGGUGACCUGCUACAUCAUCACCAUCACAAGGCUGCUGCGCACACGAGGUUUCCAGAAGCACCGCGCCAUGAAGGUGAUCAUAGUCGUGGUGAUUGUGUUCCUCCUGUGCUGGACGCCAUACCACAUCACCAUGAUGGUGGACACGCUCCUGAGGGCAGAGGUGAUACCGUACAACUGUGCCAUGAGGAGGUCGGUGAACCUCGCUCUGGAUAUAACCAACAGUUUAGCACUUCUCCACAGCUGCAUCAACCCCGUGCUGUACGCCUUUGUGGGAGAGAAGUUCAGGAGCAGGAUGGUGAUGCUGCUUCAGAGGAAAGCCAGACAGGAGAGGAUGUCGGGGUCAAAGUUCAGCAGGUCGACGUCUCAGACAUCAGAGGGCAAAGGAGCGGUUCUCUGAACUCAUUGUGCAACAUAUUUUUAAGGCUUUUUGAAUGAAUCAGUCAACACUCAUCCUCAAGGGAACAUGAAUAUUUCCAGCUAACUUUUGUGUCAUCUAUUCAAAAGCUGUAAGAGUAUCUUUAAUCAAAACUAUUGACAGCAGUAGGAGGGAUCUUAAAAGUGAGUGGGAUUAUCCUCUGGGGAUCAUGAAUGUCAACUUGUCUGCCUCAUGUUUACAUAGCAGUCAUUCUAGUUUACAUGGUGCGCUGCUGCCAUCUUCUGGAUGUUUCUUUGUCUGCACUCACUCUUUAAAAUCUCUCAGAUUCCCAGACUUGGAGAAAAUGUUGUUCUCUUUUAUUAAAAAUGCCCAUUUCCUUUCUGUCUAUCAACUAUCUAAGUUUUUACUGUAAUAGUGCAGAAAAUGCUCAAUCAUUUCAAAAUAAAUGGCUUUGUAACUUUCA